UGCGUGGCACUUUAUCAGCUGCACUAUGAGAGGUGGCGCUGGAUGCUGAAGUAUUUCUGGAUGUCCGUGGUGGUUUACACCAUGCUGGUGCUCAUCCUGGUCUACACGUUCCAGUUUGAGUCCUCUAUAAGCGUGUGGUCCAACAUGACUGGCAUGAGCAGAGAGAAGCUGGAAGAUCUGGGUCUGGAGAAGUUCUCGGUUCCUGCUCUGUUCACGCGGAUCUUCAUUCCCACCUCGUUCCUGCUGGUGUGCAUUCUGCAUCUGCACUAUUUCCACGAGCGCUUCCUCGAGCUCACCGACAUCAAAUCUGUGGCUGACAAACAGAAGAGCACUAUCUCCAGGCUCGUUCAUCUGGAUGGCAGUCUGGUGGAUAUUUCCAUGAUCAAACCUUCGCUGGACUCCAUAAACGAGGAGGAGACUGAGGAGAGAGUAGAUCUGGAGGAAGAGGAGGAUGAUGUUAAACAGAGGGAGGAAGAGGAGAUCUCUGAGCCACACUUCAGCUGCUCGAUGACAGCAGAUCCUGAGCCGGACCGGGGUUCAGAGCUGAAGAAUAAGUGGCAUCUGGUGGUGGAGCGUCUGACGGUGCUGUUCCUGAAGUUCCUGGAGUACGUUCAGAAGCUGCAGCUCUUCAUCUGGUGGCUGCUGGAGCUUCACAUCAUCAAGAUCGUCUCGUCCUACAUCAUCUGGCUCUCAGUCAGAGAGGUGUCUCUGUUUAACUACGUGUUCCUGGUGAGCUGGGCCUUCGCUCUGCCCUUCAGUCAGUUCAGACCGCUGGCGUCUAGCGUCUGCACCGUCUGGACCUGCGUCAUCGUGGUCUGUAAGAUGCUGUACCAGCUGACCUCCAUCAACCCGUCCUCGUACUCCAGGAGCUGCAGUAUGCCGGAGAACUACACGGACGCUCAGCGCUCAGACAUGGCCAGAUCUCUGCUCUACAGUGGCCCGGUGGAUCCGGCUAACUGGAUCGGCUUCAGGAAGUUCUCUCCGCUGCUGGAGAAUCUGAGGAAUAACUUACUGAUGCUGGCUCUCUUGGCGUUUGAAGUGACCAUUUACCGUCACCAGGAUUUCUACUGGAUGAAGAACAACCUCAGCCCUCCGGUCACGAGAACCGUCUUUCACAACAUCACACGCCAGCAUCUGGACGACGGCAUCGUCAACUGCGCCAAAUAUUUCAUCAACUACUUCUUCUACAAAUUUGGUCUUGAGACCUGUUUUCUGUUAGCGGUGAAUGUGAUCGGCCAGCGGAUGGAUUUCUAUGCCAUGCUGCACGCGUUCGGUCUGAUUGUGGUGAUGUAUCAGAGCAGGAGAAAAGCCAUCGCCCGCGUCUGGUCCAAGUAUUGCUUCUUUCUGGCCUGCAUGUUAGCCUUCCAGUACCUGAUGUGCAUCGGCAUCCCUCCUGCGGCCUGCACAGACUAUCCGUGGAGACGGCCGUCUUCCAGCAUGGACUCAAACGUCAUCAAGUGGCUUUACUUCCCAGACUUCCACACCAAACCCAACUCCCUCUUCCUCCUCUAUGACUUCAUGUUGCUGCUGUGCGCAUCGAUUCAGGGCCGUGUGUUUGAGGAGGAGAAUGUGGCAGCCGUGCAGCUGUUGGCGGGUGAUAAUGUGGAGAUCUGUCGAGACCUGGAUGCCGCCAGCUUCAGCCAGCACAACCCUGUGCCCGACUUCAUCCACUGCAGGUCGUAUUUGGACAUGCUGAAGGUGAUCGUGUUCAGCUAUCUGUUCUGGUUCGUCCUGACCAUCAUCUUCAUCACGGGCACCACACGCAUCAGCAUCUUCUGCAUGGGAUACUUGGUCGCCUGCUUCUACUUCUUGAUCUUUGGGGGCGAGCUGUUACUGAAGCCAAUCAAAAGCAUCCUUCAUUACUGGGACUUCCUCAUAGCAUACAACGUCUUCGUAAUCACCAUGAAAAACAUUCUCUCAAUCGCGGCGUGUGGAUAUAUUAAAGCGCUGGUGGCCAAUCACUGCUGGCUGAUCCAGUUAUUCAGUCUGGCUUGCACUAUAAAAGGAUAUUCAAAACCGGAGCAGAACGCAAAUAAACAGUGCGAGCUGCCGAGUGACGAGGCCGGGAUCAUCUGGGACAGCAUCUGCUUCGCCUUUCUCCUGCUGCAGAGGCGAGUUUUCAUGAGCUACUACUUCCUACACGUCGUAGCCGACAUCCGUUCCUCGCAGGUCCUCGCCUCCAGAGGAGCGGAGUUGUUUCAGGCGACCAUUGUGAAGGUGGUUAAAGCCAGAAUAGAAGAAGAGAAGAAGUCCAUGGAUCUGCUGAAGAGACAGAUGGACCGCAUCAAAAGCCGACAGCAGAAGUUUAAGAGAGGUAAAGAGAGGAUGCUGUCUCUGGCUCAGGAAAGUGGGGAACGCCACUCAGUCGUCAAAGAGGAAGAGGACGAUGAUGAAGCACUUAACAAUGUUUCGUUAUUUACCAGACCGCUAACUGCUGGCUUCCUGCGUGGAAGAGCAAGAGCUAUCCGAAAGUUUGCCUCUGCUUUGCUGGCUUUACCAAAGUCUGUCAUUAAACUGCCCAAAACUGUACUGCAGUAUGUAAUCAGGGCAGCCAAGUUUGUGUAUCAUGCCUGGAUAACUGACUCGAAAACUGCCAUGAAAGAGCAAAGUAAGGAAAGACGGCGAUUCUGGCAAAGGUACACGGAGGGCAGAACAAGCAAGAAGAACCAGAAGCAAGUGCAUGUGGCCAUUGAGGAAGGAGAUCAGGAGGACGGUGUUACAGAGGAGGAGGUAUCUGAAGGACCAGAUAACAUCCUGAAGCGAGUGUUUAACAUCGUGAAGUUCUCCUGGGUGCUCUUCCUGGCCCUGCUGGACAGUUUCACAGCCUGGCUUAACUCUAUCUGCCAGGAGCACAUCGAUAUCUCCACCGUCCUGCGCAUUGAGCGCUGCAUGCUCACUAAUGAGGUCAAAAAGGGGAACAAUCCAUCGCGGGACAGCAUCCACACGUACUACCAGAGACAGAUGUGCAGGCCAGCGUCCGCUGAGUCCAGCCUGGACCGGACUGAGGACGAGUACUCGGACUUCAGCCCCCUGCGGAGCCAGGCUUACGAGUCCAAUGUCUCUAGAGAAAACCUGUCCAGUGAGUACACAGAAUCCACUGUGCUGUUCGAGUCUGAGGAAACCAGUGAGCAUGUUCUCAAAACCAGCCAGCGCGCUCGACCCAGACUCUGCCGCCUGCCUGGUGUAGAUGUGCAGUCGUCUUCUGCAGACAGUGCAGCCAGUGACCGCACGCAGUGCACUGAGCUCUACUCGCGGCAGGGCACCAGCGACACCGUCGAGGAGGCCGUGAGCCAGCGAGAACUGAGAGAGCAUCCAGACAAACUCUGGAGCAGCACUUCAGACCUGCGGACGCCUCUGAGAGCGGAGCAGGUGUGCUGGACGCAGGGCGAGGCGGACAUCCCUCCGUCGUACAGUAAAGCCACGGGCCUGGACUCAGUGUGUGACGCGGAGGGGAGGAGGCUGAGGAUCCAGACACCUGAGGAGAAGAGCGCCGACGUUCUGCUCUCAAUGAGCCAUCAGCUGACAGCCAGCGAGCUGCUGCGGAGCAGGAUGUUCUAUGACGAGGAGCUGGAGGCGUCGGAGCAUUUCUACCGCUCUCAGCCGCAGUUCCUCCAGCUCUGCUACGCUCUCUACAGCAUGCUGGUGGCUCACUCUCAGAUGGUGUGUUAUCUGGUCAUCAUCCUCAACCACAUGAUCUCCGCAUCGGUGGCCACGCUGGUGCUGCCCAUCCUCAUCUUCCUCUGGGCCAUGCUGUCGGUUCCCCGUCCCAGCAAGCGCUUCUGGAUGACGGCCAUCGUCUACACGGAGGUCACCAUAGUGAUCAAGUACUUCUUCCAGUUUGGCUUCUUUCCGUUUAACCAGAGCAUAAAGCUGGACAAAUCCAAGCCCUUCCACCCUCCCAACAUCAUCGGUGUGGAGAAGAAAGAGGGCUACGUCCACUACGACCUGAUCCAGCUCCUGGCGCUCUUCUUCCACCGCUCCAUCCUGAAGUGCUACGGUCUGUGGGAUGAAGAUGAGCCCAGGUCAGGAGGUCAGACUGCGAGCUCUCAUUCAGACAGUGAAGAGAAAGACGCCUCACCCGUCUCCACACACAUCCGGCUGCCCAGAAAACCCCUCCGACAGAGCUCCAGCGUCUCGCAGCGCUCGGCCCGCUCUAAACCAGGUGCGCUCAGAUACACGCUUCUGCUCGCUUUUCUAUCCCCAAAUGUAAGACCUCUUAGAAUCAUCAAGAUGAUUAGACAUUUUAAAUACCUGCAGGGGCUUGUUUAUUCGCACACAUGCUCCCAAAUAGGUUUCACAGCUGGCACACAUCUGUUUUUAGUCUCAGAAGCCCUGCGGGUCCCUGACCUCGGCUCUGGAUGUGUCUCCGCAGGCAGCAGCGGCUCCAGGACGAGUGUGCGUUCACUGAGCGCUCAACUGAAGAGCCGCAGGGAGCUCAUUUUGGACAAGCUCAGAGAACAGCUGAUCAAAGCAAAGCGCUUCACUGUCAAAACGAUUCUGGAUAUCUACAUUCCCAUUCGGCAGUUCUUCUAUAACCUGAUCCACCCGGAGUACAGCGCCGUGACCGACGUCUACGUGCUCAUGUUUCUGGCCGACACGGUCGACUUCAUCAUCAUCGUUUUCGGAUUUUGGGCUUUCGGGAAACACUCUGCUGCGGCUGACAUCACUUCCUCUCUGUCAGAGGAUCAGGUUCCCGAGGCCUUCCUGGUGAUGGUGCUCAUCCAGUUUGGGACGAUGGUGGUGGACCGUGCGCUGUACCUGAGGAAGACCGUGAUGGGGAAGGUCAUCUUCCAGGUCAUCCUGGUCUUCGGCAUUCACUUCUGGAUGUUCUUCAUUCUCCCAGGAGUCACCGAGAGGCGCUUCAGUCAGAACACAGUUGCCCAGCUCUGGUACUUUGUGAAGUGCAUCUACUUCGGUCUGUCAGCCUAUCAGAUCCGCUGCGGUUACCCCACUCGCGUGCUGGGAAACUUCCUGACCAAGAGCUAUAAUUACCUCAAUCUCUUCCUCUUCCAAGGGUUCCGGUUGGUGCCGUUCCUGACGGAGCUGCGGGCGGUGAUGGACUGGGUUUGGACCGACACCACGCUCAGUCUGUCCAGCUGGAUCUGUGUGGAGGACAUCUACGCUCACAUCUUUGUGCUCAAGUGCUGGAGGGAGUCGGAGAAAAGGUAUCCUCAGCCUCGAGGACAGAAGAAGAAGAAGGUGGUGAAGUACGGGAUGGGGGGGAUGAUCGUGAUGCUGCUCAUCUGUAUCGUCUGGUUUCCUCUGCUUUUCAUGUCUCUGGUCAAAUCUGUGGCUGGAGUGGUCAACAAACCGCUGGACGUGUCUGUCACCAUCACACUGGGCGGCUUUCAGCCCAUCUUCACUAUGAGUGCGCAGCAGAAUCAGCUGAAGGACGUCACUGACAGAGAUUUCAUCAGCUUCAUGAAUUCAUACAGACACAAUUCUAGUGCACUGCAGUUCUUGGAGGCGUACACUGCGGAGGACGUGACUGUGGCAGAGCUGGAAGGAAGCUCGAACUCUCUCUGGACCAUCAGUCCUCCCAGCAGAAAGAACCUGAUGGAGGUCUUGAGCAAAGAGGACCAGUUCCCUGUCACCAUGUCCUGGAGCAUCCAGAGGUACAUCACCUGCACUGGCCACCUCACUUUUAGAUAUAUAUACUAUAUAUAUUUUUGGUGGAUUGUGGACCAGCCGUCGGCAGGGAAGAUCCAGAUGAGAUCCGAGUCAAAGCUGGAGAAGAAGAGAGAGGCAGGACUGCAGCUGUACGUCUUCAGUGAUAAAGUCAGUCCUCCCAGCCUGGGCUUCCUGGCAGGUUAUGGUAUCAUGGGCCUCUACGCAUCCGUGGUGCUGGUGAUCGGGAAAUUCGUCCGCGAGUUCUUCAGCGGCAUCUCGCACUCCAUCAUGUUCGAAGAGCUUCCGUGCGUCGACCGCAUCCUCAAACUCUGCACCGACAUCUUCCUCGUGCGGGAAACCGGCGAGCUGGAGCUGGAGGAGGACCUGUACGCCAAACUCAUCUUCCUUUACCGCUCGCCAGAGACCAUGAUCAAGUGGACGAGGGAGAAGACCAAAUGAGCCUGCUGGGAUUGCCUGAAUUCCCAAAGAUCCCAAAGGAGGAUGCUGCUUCUCGCAGGAAGGCGGCGUUAAGACUGCGAGAUGCACUGAGAGGUUCAGGAGCUCUAGCGCCACCUGCCUGUCUGGAGCCCCAAACGGGAGAUUCGUUAAUCGCGCGAUGUGCAAUAUACUGUCCUGGUAGCUGGCUGUAAACUUGAACAAAGAAAGGAGACGGUGACUGAACACUAGCCACUUUUUUCUUCUGAGAAAACUGGACCCAGGAGUGCUUGGGUUCGUGAGACGACAUGACAUUGAAAUUAUUAUUUUUUUGAGUUUUCGGCUUGAACGGAGGACUGAAGGGUUCUCGGGAGGAUUAUACGCUCAUCUGGAUGUCACAUCGGUGUGAUUGUGGAUCAAUAUCAUGAGCAUAAAGCACAUUCUGGAAACCAACUAUUGUCUUAUUUGUCUGUCUACAUGUUGCACUUUUUAGUUUUUUGUUAUAUAUAUUUAAAUGACCAUUUUGUAUGCAUAAAUCUGCAGAAUCUCAGACGUCACUGUAAAAGGCAUCUAAAAUAUGCAAAAAAUCACAGAUUCUCUUUAUUCAGUGGUAUUCUGAAACCAUGCAAAUCCAUAAUUAACAGAAACUGUUUCCUUGCUAUUUCAAAGCACACAUUCUUCAUUAAAACAAGCUUAUCUGAACAUGAGAAACAACCUUAGAUUUUGUUGUUUAAGGCAUUUCGUGCAUUUAUUUGCAGCAUCCUGCUUCAUUUUCUGGCGAAGCUCAAGUUCCAUAUAACAGAGUUAAGUUGAGUUAAGAAUGAAUGGAAUAAUUUUAAACCCUAUUGAAGCUACUAACACAAUGUACAGUAAAUACAUUCCCUUUUUUGGUAAGGCAGGCACUGUUAUUUGAUUUCCAGCAUACAGAAUAUUCAUAUGACAGUGUAUAAUUUAAAAUAAUGAGUUGUGUAGUAUUCCAGCACUGGUUUAAAAUACUGUACAUAUAAAGAUUCGGCUCCUGAUUCACCCACAGAAGGUCCCAUUCAGCUGUGAAGCUGUUCGUCAGGUUUGGGUUUACAGAAGCUUGUUUCCACCAUGCAAUAAAACAAUAAAAGUAAUUGUGACUUUAUUGCACAAUUCAGACA